AUGAUGCCUCCCGACGGCCAUGUGCUGCCGAUCCCCUCCGACGGCCAUGUGAUGAUGCCCGACGGCGAGCCGAAUGGUUCCAAGGCGGUGACCCUCCUGCUCCGCCUUUGCACGAUGGGGCUGGCGCUCGCCUCCGCCAUCGUCAUGGCCACCGCGAACGAGUGCACCAUCGACGGCGACGGGGACGACGGCGCCGCCGCCGCCACCACCGUCACCUACAAAGACUACCCGCCCUUCGCGUACCUGGUUGGGUCCAACAUCGCCGCCACGAUCCUGGAGAUGGCAGCGAUCUACCUGCAGACCGGCAAGGGCGACAACGGCGACGAGGAAGCGCCCGUGCUUCCCCGGGUCGUCCUGGUCGUCGUCGACGUCGCCGUGCAGGUGCUUCUGUACUCGUCGUCGGGAGCGGCGUUCGCUGCGGUGGCGGCCUACGGCGUGCAGACCUGCGGGCAGGUGAACAAAGCCAAGUUCAUCGGUCUCGGCGCAAGUCUUGCCGCCGGCCUCGCCGCCUUCGUCAAGGACGUCCCGUUGCCGUUCUCCAUGUGGCCUAGCCCGUCGGAGUGA